AAAGCAAAAGAGAGAAAAAAUUCAAUUCAAAAUUCUCAAUUUAUUCUCUGUGUGAAAUCAUCUUGAUGAUGAUUUAUCAAGUCACUGCCGAAGAAGCCGAAGUCAUUUCCUACUUUCUGUUCGGCGGCAUAUAUGCGAAAGUCAACAAGCCUCACUCGUUCCGCGGCACUCAAAUUCAAUCUCAGGCCUUGGCCGAACAAGCCAAAGCCAACGCCUACGCGGCCUUCUCCACCGGCGACUUCUCCACCGCCGUCCGCCACUUCUCGACGGCGAUGUCAAUUGGUCCCUCCAACUACCUCCUCUACUCAAACCGCUCCGCCGCCUACACUCGCCUCCACAAGUACUCUGAAGCCUUGGCCAACGCCGAGAAAGCAGUCAAGCUCAAGCCUGAUUGGUCCAGAGGCUAUUGCCAACUCGGCGCGGCCCACCUUGGCUUGGGCCAGAUCGAUGAAGCCGUAACCGCCUAUAAGAAAGGACUUGAGUUUGACCCCUGUGAUGAGGGGCUCAAAGCCGGGUUAGUGAAUUGUGAGAGAAGUUCUGGUAAGAAAAAGAAAUGUGAUUCAAAUGAUGGGUACAAGUGGCGUAAAUAUGGGCAGAAGCCUGUUAAGGGCAGUAACUAUCCAAAAAGCUACUACAAAUGUACAUAUCCGAAUUGUCCUGUUAAAAAAAAGGUUGAGCGUUCACCUGCAGGACACAUAACUGAAAUUGUCUAUAGAGGCACUCAUAAUCAUCCAAAACCUCAACAACAACUCGCUAUUAAGCUUGCAAAAGAAAGUAGUAGUGACAGUGAGGAUGAAGGAUCACAAUGCGUUGUUGAGUUAACUGGACCAAGCGACAGUGAGAACGAAAGUGAUGAAGCAGAAACCAGAGAAGAAGAGAGGGUUGGUGAUGGUGAUGAGCCAAAUCUAAAGAAAAGGCAUGUUCCCAACCUAUUAUUGUACUUUGUACAUAUUCAUCUUUUUAUUUUUUAUUUUUUUUGUUGUGAUUUUUGGAAAUAAAAAAAAAAAAAAAAAUUACCUUGGAGUGUAGGAUGACAUAUGCUGUAACGGAACCAAAAAU